AUGCAAGAAGCAUAACCUAUAACCUAUAAGAAUACCGAAUAUUAUAUUACUGCCGUCGACAAUUGAGUAUUGACAUUCAUUCGCUUAUUAUUUUCAUUUUUCCGUACGGUCUCAAUGGUCUCAUACUCUCAUCGUAAUCACCGUGUUAUAUAGUGUAUUAACUUUUAAGUAUUUCGUUUGCACCGUUAUUUGCUUUUAAAAUAGGUAACUACCUAAUAAAACUAUAAAAGUGUUGUGUAAAUAUAUUGUUGUCUGUUGAGUUUACAAUAGCUGUCUAUAAGCAUAGAACAUAUUAUGUACCUACUAUAAUAUUCACUAUUAAGGUAUGUAAGUGCACACUUGUUAUUAAAAUCUUUUGUUACAUCUACAUCAGUACAGUUUUAUUAUGUCUUCAACGCAAUCUAAUAAUGCUCAAUCAAAUGCCAAUAACGCCAUUGACUCUCAUCAAGAUAUGUCUAUUCCACCCAUUCAACCAAUUCAAUGGGUUGUUGGAUACUUUGAAAAUGAAAAUAAAUAUUCAGUGAUCCCUUCAAAUUGGUUGAUUAUGGUAAAUAAUACUUGGUUCUCAAAGUGGCCGAACAGUUUAAACAUGGGCACAGUAAAAUCAAAUAUACAAAAUGGUACAGAACCUAGUAAAAGCUGGAAAUGUUUUCCAGUUAGAACUUAUGAAAAAUAUAGUACAUACAAAGAGGCAUCUUUACGUGAAAAAGAAUUAUUUUCAUGUUCUGAACAGUCAGACAGUGGAGUUAUGGUCAAUAAAAAAAGGAAGAAAAUCCCCAGUGUUCGUCUAUCAAAUUUUUUAGAAGACAGCAAUAGUGGUAGUAGCAGUGCAGAAGAGUCCCCUGUUAAAAUAAUUAAAGCCAAAUCAAAAAGUUCUACACCUCACCCUAGAAAAUCUUUAGAUUUUAACUCUAUGCCUUCUAAUAUUGUUGCAGAUGCUAUGGAUACAUUGUAUAAUAAUGGUGAACAUUUUUCUCAGCCUAUAAAAAGCUUUAUUAAUCAUAAUCCUACUGAUCACUUAGAAAUGCUUCAAUCAAACUUAAGUGAAAUUACCGCUUCAUCACUCCCAGAUAAUUCUAAUGAAAUACAUAGUGGAAAUACAGCUUCUUUAAUUCCAGAUAAUCAUCAUCAAUCAUUUGAAAAUUUUAAUAAUUCUAUGAUAUUCAAUAACAACACAACAUUGCAUUUGGGUGGCAAUACAGGUUUGCAAACAAAUCCACCGAACUUCGAUUCAUUGAUUAAUAACUCGUGUGAAAAUUUCCAGGUGACCAAUGAUGACAACAGUAUUAUUUUAAAAUCUGUUCUGGAAUAUGUUAAACGAAUUGAUAGUAGGUUGUAUAAAAUAGAAGAAGAGCUGAAGCAUGGAAAUCAAAAUAUUAUGCAACAAAAACCAUUAAAUGAUGAAUUUGUAUCUCUAUUUCCAAUGAAAGAACCAUCAGAAAUAACAAAUGUUGAUUUAAGAUUGGAAAAUAGUCCUGAAUUUGAAAAACAAUUUAAAAUGUUUAUGAAAACCAUCAGUGGAGUUAAAGUAAAAAACUUUGUAAAAAGGGUGUUAAGUCGGCUUUUUACAAAUAAAUUAGCAAUGAAUUGUUCUUGGUGCGGACUACAAGGAAACUUUGGUCUACAGAAGUUGAGAAUGUUUAGUUUAAUGAAUGGUGUAUGUAAAACUAUAUUCAACGAUUGCACCGACUCCAUGUUCGAAGAAUUGGUGAAGGAAUGGUUUAAACAUGGAAAACAGCGUUAUUUCAGAGAAAAUAAAAAUAAUAAUGUUACAUCGAGUUUUAAUGCAACAAUGUAAAAAGAAAAACAAAAGCUCCUGAAACCAUGUCAAAAAGGCAUUUUGAAAGGCACAUUAAAUCCAUCAUUCAAAAUCAGUCACCAUGUUCCACAUCAUCAUCUACAAGUGUAAAUAUUAUACCAAACAGUAAAUCAAUGUCAUCAAAUAGUACUUCUGCAAGUAGCACAAGUAACUUAAGUAAACAAUUAUUAGUCUCAGAUUCUGAAGUUAUAAAUAAUAGUCAUA